AUGGCAGGAACCAUUUUGGAAUUAAUAGGGACAGCUACCAACGGAACCAACCCAGAGACAAAACAGGUUGUACAAGCGAAUGCCGCUGCACGUAUAGCUUGGCUCGUACUAAACAUCUGGCCCUCGCAUCUUGGUCUGCCGCUUUUAAUUGGUACGAUUUUCCUGGCGAAGAAUAUCAAGCGACAUGCUACGUUUAUCAACCUUUGCGUAACCUGGAUCAUCGUUGGAGUAUCGUCCUCAUUGCUCUUAUAUGCGGGUCAUCAGACGGGUCCGGAACCUCCGAGAACGCUGUGCCUAAUCCAAGCUUCCCUUCUCUACGGUCAACCAGGCUUAACUUCGGUGUCCGCUUUCGCACUCGUUUUCCAAGUAUUUUACGUGAUUCGUGCUGCUUUCCACGAGAAAGACCCAGAGUACCGUGAAACGCUGCGUAAAUGGAUUCUUCUCGUGGCACCGUACAUCGCAUUCCUAUCUUUUGCGACUUGGACUGUCUUUGUGGGCUUUGCGAACCCCAAUCUUGUGAGCCGUGAACGAAGGUUCUUCUAUUGUUCUGUCAAGGAUUCGUCACUGACAAACUCAAUAACUGCCUUCUCUCUGGGAGUGCUAACUUUGACUGUAUGCCUUGAGAUAUGGAUCGCAUACAUAAUUUUUUCGCACUGGCGUGUGAUUCGUGCCAACGACCUGGGCCCGAGGACAGGUGUGGACUUGAAUCUGAUCUGCCGGAUCGCAGCGUUUAGUCUAUGGAUCUUCCUUGGCAUGGGGCUGAGUGCUUUGUCUAUCAAAGCCCCUCGGAGUCCGGUACCCGAUAUGGCUUUGGCAACGAUGGGGACUGCGGUCGUCCUUGUGUUCGGCACCCAACGCGACAUCUUGCGUGCAUGGAUGUGUUGCAGGUGGCGAAGGAAAGGCGGGAAUGACGGUGGGAAUGGUGGUGCUGGUGCUCGCAGGUCGUCGAUAUCGUCAUUCGGUAGAACCGAUUCACCUGCGUCGGACCACUCUGUCAAACGGGCAGAUCUGUCUCCUUUGAGCUGGAACAGCAAACAUGAAAUACCAAUCCAGUUCGAACCACAGCCACCAAUCAUCCAUCCUCCUCCGGCUUAUGAGCGCAAGACUAAGGUGGGGCUGUCGACUCGAGACAUCUCCCAACCAAUACUGCGGGAGGAUCUAACGUUCCCAGUUUACGGUCAGGCUAUCUGA